AUGAGGAUUUUUAGACCGUGGAGACUGCGCUGCCCUGCCCUGCACCUGCCCUCGCUCUCCGUGUUCUCGUUAAAGUGGACUUUGCCCUCCCUCACUACUGACGAUAGCAUGUGUAAAAGUGUGACCACAGAUGAGUGGAAGAAAAUCUUUUAUGAGAAGAUGGAGGCGACAAAGCCGGCUGACAGCUGGGACCUCAUCAUGGACCCCAACCUCAAGCAUAAUGUGUUGGCCCCUGGCUGGAAGCAGUACCUGGAGUUGCAUGCCUCAGGCAGGUUCCACUGCUCGUGGUGCUGGCACACCUGGCAGUCGCCCCACGUGGUCAUCCUCUUCCACAUGCACCUGGACCGCGCCCAGCGGGCGGGCUCGGUGCGCAUGCGCGUCUUCAAGCAGCUGUGCUACGAGUGCGGCACCGCACACCUGGAUGAGUCGAGCAUGCUGGAGGAGAACAUCGACAGCCUGGUGGACAACCUCAUCACCAGCCUGCGCGAGCAGUGCUACGGCGAGCGCGGCGGCCAGUACCGCAUCCUCGUGGCCAGCCGCCAAGACAACCGGCGGCACCGCGGCGACUUCUGCGAGGCCUGCCAGGAGGGCAUCGUGCACUGGAAGCCCAGCGAGAAGCUGCUGGAGGAAGAGGUGACCACCUACACCUUCUCUCGGGCGCCCAGCCCCACCAAGCCGCAGGCCGAAGCCGGCUCAGGCUGCAACUUCUGCUCUAUCCCUUGGUGCUUGUUUUGGGCCACGGUCCUGCUGCUGAUCAUCUACCUGCAGUUCUCCUUUCGCAGCUCUGUCUAA